AUGAGCGCAACUGGACACUGCAACUGCGGCAAAGUCACCGUCGAGGUCAACGGCGGACUCCCAGACGCAGCCAUCCUCUGCCACUGCACGAGCUGCCGCAGGACCAGCGGGAGCGUCUUCUCGACCAACCUCGUCGUCAAGAAGUCAGACCUCGUCAUCAAGGGCGAGGAGCACAUCAAGGAGUACCGCGACACCAACACCGACUCGGGUUGCGCCAUCAUCCGCCACUUCUGUGCUAACUGCGGGUCUCCCAUUGCUGGCGUCCCCGAGGCGGACAACAGCACGUACUUCCUCAAGGGCGGCCUCUUCAACCCGCACACCCUCCCGUCCAAGGUCCAGGCCGAGCUCUUCACCCGCAACCUCGAGUCGUGGCAGAAGGUGCACGAGGGAGCGCACCCCGUCCAGGGUAUGUCGUGA